AUCUAAAAUUUUUGGCAGGUUAUAUUAUACGUAAACAGAAAAAUUUUUAAUCUGUCAUUUCUUUUGAUGUUGUCAAAAUACCAUUAUAAUAUUUAAGUUAAGCGUUUAUUCUCGAAAUUGCCUGAUUAAGAUAUUUGAAAAAAAAAUAGUUAUGUAUCUGAUAUAUCGCUUCUUUACUAGCAUAAUCUUCACGGUGAUAAAUGCGACUAUUGUAUUGUAUAUGUGUCAACGCUUUUUCCGAGUGAUGAGAGCACAUUAUCAGAUUAUGGCCGAAGCCGAGAAAUUUAAUUCAAUUAUUUCUGAAUCACGUGCGAGCCUCAAUUAUAUCAGCUCGAAGGUUUCCGAAGGAAUGAAUCAGAUGAAGGAGGACAUUGCCAGAGAAUUGUUCAUUACCGAUCAUUUAACGAAAUUUAGUUCGAGAGUUGGUCUGUUGUUGCAACGUUAUUCCGAAUUGGAGGAAGGAUUGCUCGAGCUAGUAAGAAUGAAUUACAAUGCGAAGAGCGUGCGGAUUGAAACGCCGGCUGACAUCAAUGAGGAAGUCAAAUGCAUUCUCAUGGCAAGAAAAAGAUCGCAACAGCAACAGCAAUUACAGCAGCAAUCAGACCGUCCGCGAACGCCGAGAAGAUUGCGAGCAAAUACUUCCACAGAAGUGAAAGAUUCUCAGCCGCAUAAUUCCAUUGUGAGUUCGAAGUUCCUUACGUUACAAUCACACGAUACCGAUCUCUCAAACAUGACGAUGCUUGAGAAACAAGAAAGACCACGUACGCCUGCAUAUCCAGAGGUUCAGCUGUUGAAUGAUUCGAGACCGGUAAUUGAUGCAAAACCCAUUGGCUUUCGACCAUCCUGGAAAUGCGAGACUUAAAAUGACCAUCGGACAAGUUUAUUGUCGUAUUUCUUUUGAUCUCUUCUUUUUUGAUAAUUGUCAUUGUUCGUAAAAAUGCAGAAAAAAUUGUAUCUGUGAAAUAUAAUAAAUAAAUAUGUUUUCUGUGUCCGGCCAAGUA